CAAACACGUUUUCUACAAGAUAUGAACAAAUUUGAUAUCAAUUUAUUCCAUUUUGAUAUGUGAGCCGAAUUUUCGGUCCUCUUGCGGCGGCCGUUAAAAGUUGAACUUUCAGGCGACUGGACGGCGACUCCUUCAAUCACCGGCGGUGGCCGAAACCUAGAGAGAACGUUCUGAUUUUCCAUUCAUCCAAACAGAAAAUCGGAAAGAAGACUGUUAUUAAUUUAUCAAUCGUUUUUGUUUGUUUUACUUUUGAUUCUUCCUGGCCUUUAUACUCAGUGGAAAGUCGUACUCGCGCACGAAACCAACCCAAACAUUCUCUCUCUGCGGAGAGAGAGAGAGGAGAAGCUUUUCUGAGCCUUCUCUGUUUCCCUGCCAUAGCCUGAACGGAAAGAGGAACGUUCUGAAAAGGAGUCCAUAUACCUGUGACUUCUUUUCCUUCAAUUCGAAUUGAAUUCUCAAUCGCUUUUUUCGCUUUUUGACGAAUCGAUUGAGUUCGGCGUGAACCGAAAAUGGAUUUUCUCUGCAGGUUCUUGCAUAUUGAACUUUUUUUCUCCCUUUCCUUCAAUUGAAGUCUGGCGACAUUUCUGUUUCCUUCCGCAAAACAAAUAAAAUAAAUAUAAAGGGUUGACAGUUGUAUAACUUUGAGGACAUUGCGAAUAGUACCAAUGGUUUUCUGGUGUCUCUUGUAGAUAAGUAAGCCAAAAUGGGAGGUUGCUGCUGCUGUUCUUCAAAAAGAACAGAAUCAAAUAUUGCACCGAGCUACUACUAUUACCCAAGAGCAUCGGAGGAACAUGUUCCUUUGUCAUCUCCACUUAGUACUCCCCCAGCAUUUUCAAGGGGGCUUUUAGUUGACACAAAUCUGGAUACAUCAAUCCCGGACACUUAUAGAUCACCUCCAUUGCCUAUGCCAUAUGAUGUUGUUUUAACAAGUCCACUUACUCCACCUGUGGCUCAAGAAAUUGGCAGCAAUAAGAAUGAUGCUGCAGCUCAGACAACAAAUCCCGAUACGAUCCAAGAAACAGCAUGCAUAAACACUCGGGAAACUUCGGCCAAAUGUGAAGGCGUUGAUGAAUCAGACUGCAAGAAGCAUACAGAUUUUGAAGUGGACACACUAAAAGAAUCUGAAAUUGAACUUUCAAAGGGUGUAGAAUCUAUGGUCUUACCUAUUGAAGAAGAGGAUGUUUGUCCCAUCUGUUUGGAAGAAUAUGAUGGGGAGAAUCCAAAACUUACCACAAAAUGCGAGCAUCAUUUUCAUCUUGCGUGCAUUCUGGAAUGGAUGGAAAGAAGUGAUAUCUGUCCUGUGUGCGAUCAGGAAAUGGUUUUUAGCUCUCCAAUUGAUUAGUGGCAAGAAGAAAGUCAGGCAAGUGUUUUUCUCACAUUGAAGUGAAGUUGAAAGUAUAGGUUAGAAAGUUUUUUUUUUUUGGUGAUUUUGCGUCCAGUUGCCAGCUUCAGGUUUCUUUUAGUUGUUUUGUUCAUUCCUGGUUGCACUUUUCUUUGUGAAUUUGUUUCUCUGAACAUAGAAUGGGGGGAAAAUUGGGAGAAUGAUUCUUCUUUCUUUGUUUUGUUUUGUUUUUCUUUUUGGUGGGAAGAUGUAAAUACAGUUGUGCAAUAUAGUAUAUCUGAGCUUGGUUUUUCAUUUUAGUUCCAUUUAUCAGAGGGUUACUAUUUGUCAUAAAUGGAAUUAAAAUGAAGAAAAAAGGAAUAGUAUUUCAUCAUUUUCUCUUAAACGAAUCUAGGUCGUUGAUGCAAAA